GCCAUUAUUCUCACUAUCAGCAGGUGAAUAUUUUCUUUACAACACAUUUUUUUUCCAGUUAUUAAUUUAUUUCCCUAUUUGAAUAAUGGUACGGUCUCAAAGUUCAGAACCCGGAAGUGCCCGCUGAGCUCAACUUCCUGGAUCCUGGUCCGGGUUGAACGGAGAGGGCGGGCUAGGGUAGGCAUGGUAAACAAUAAAUAUGUCUGUCACUGUCAGGAAAUGUCUCAGAGUUACUUCAAUGUUAGGAAGCAGUUUUUACAGAUACCACCACAAUUUGAAGUUGAACUGUUCUGCAAUCCAAAGAGCCAAUUUACAACUUCUCAACUGUGCCAGCAGUUGUCAUGACAACCACAUCCACUUGCCUCCACUGUCCGCAAGGAGAAUGAGCAGUAGUGGAAGGAGAACCUGUCACCAUGGUAACCAGUCCCAAAAUGGGCUGGUAAGUAAUGACGAAGACGUCAUAAAACGGUUCAUCGUGGACAACACAGAGGUCGACCGAAGUCACCUGACCCCGGAGAUUGCGCUGCGCCUGAUGACACCCGCCUGUCCACUGUGGGAUGCCCCGGCCCAGCAGAGCUCUGAUAUCCUACAGCAUCAUGGGAUUGACGAUCCAUUCUGGGCAUUCUAUUGGCCUGGAGGUCAGGCACUUACAAGCAGGUACAUUCUUGACUACCCAAGUGUCGUCUCUGGUAAGGAUGUCCUAGAUGUCGGAAGUGGGUGUGGGGCGAGUGCCAUCGCAGCAUCUAUGAGCGGGGCCAGAUCAGUUCUUGCCAACGACAUUGACAGAGUUUCAAUACAGACCAUCAAACUCAAUGCUGAGCUGAAUGAUGUCACCGUGGCAACCACUUCCAGGAAUCUGGUUGGCCAGUCAAACAACCAAUGGGAUGUCGUGCUCCUUGGUGACAUGUUCUAUGACAAGGACUUCACAGACACAGUCACUGAUUGGCUGAAGCAUCUGGCUGAUGUUGGUACAACGGUUCUGAUUGGUGAUCCAGGGCGGAUAUUCUUGCAAGACCAUCCAGUCAAACGCCGACUUGUGAACAUUUUUAAGGUUGAUUUGUCAGAGAAGUGUCGGCAGGAGAACAACGGAAUGACGCAGGGUUUUGUUUGGAAGUUGUGUGAGUCGGAGAGGUGACAUGAAGUUCAGCUGCAUCAACCUUUUUUUCUUUUUAAUUCAGCAUUAUAGUGGCAGUUAAGCCAAUCAUGACUCAGUCAUAGGGCAAUCACAAGUCUUAGGUCAGUCACGUACGUCAUCAUAAGUCAACAUCAUUAAAUCAUCAUAGGUCUAUCAUAAGUCGAUCAUCAUUGGGCAAUAUAUAAACUUUAUUGCAUUGACCAUUGUUCAUGAUGAAUUAUGCAUGAAGCCUGUUUAAAUAUCACAGAUAAGUAACAAGCGCCAUUUUAAUAUCAGAGACAACCUAAAUUUGUCCCCCAUUUUUCCCCGAGGAAAAAAAGCUGUAUACAAUUGUACAAUAAAAAAGAAUUGUUAAGCCUCUGACGAGUGUCGAUAAUCCCCUGGAUCGUGGACAAAUAAAGGAACAUCUGUUGUAUGAAA